UAAACUGAAAAGGAAAUGAGUACUACUAGUACUACAUUAAAAAAAUACAAAAACUGUAGUCUUAAAAUUAAAAGAAACGGAUUUAUAAACUGUUGUCUCCCCGAGUCUGACACAGCGGAGUCAGUGCUGCGAGUCGAACGACAAGAGUGUGUUUAUCGGUAACUAAACAAGAUGGAGAGUGUAAGAGAGAUGAAAAACAUGUUUUCAAUGAAUCAGAAUACUGGGAAAAUGUUGCCAUUGUUUUUAAAGUUGUUCAUAUGGAAGCAACCAAGUUGUCUAUGGUUUUUUCAACACCUCCACCACCAUCACAAAAGGAAUGUGAAGCAUUAAUAAGUGGACUAGAAAAAUCGGUUCUGGCUUUAGUUUCAUCAUAUUAUUCCUUACCUAAAACUCAAGGAAUGACUCUCAGAAAGGAAAUACAGAAAAAUAUUCAACAAAUUAUUGAAAGAAUUCAGAAUUUAGUUAAAAGUAUAACAAAAGCCUGUGGGUCAGCAGAACAGUUACAAUCAACAGGCCAGGUGUGGGAAGAGAUAGAUAGGUUUGAUGACUUAGCUAAAGAUAACAAACAAGCUACAUUACUUGUUUUACAAGAGACUACUGAACUGGUGAAAGAUGCUUCUCAAGAAAUUGAACAGGCUUUAGAAACAGAAGGUGACGAUGAUGUUUUAAAUGAAUUGUUAGAUAUGUCCGAUGCAAGAAGUAAUGAAAACACAUGGUCUGAGGGUGAAAAAAACUUAAUAACCAUCAGUUUAGGUUUAAUAAAAACUGUCAAAUCAGCACUUAAAAAAACAAAAGAAGCAGUUAAAAUUAAUGGAAACUGUAACUCAGAAACCAACAUAACCCAAUUAGAUGAUUUAGCUGAUUUUAUGAAGAAAUUAAGUCCGAUUAUAGAUGAUAUGACAGUUGUUUUAUAUCCUCCUGUAGUUUCUUCAUCAGUCAGGUCAAAGGUGGAUAGUUUGGGUUCCAGUCUUUCCAAUAUGCUUUUAUUUUUAAAAAAUUCCCACCUUACUGUUGUGUCAGAUGAGAAAUGGAUUGACUUUUUGUUGAAAGCUAAACAACACAAUGUUGACAAGGUUUUAGAGGCAUUAGAAGAGGUUUCUUGAUUCAAUUGCAUGGACAAAAUAAAGAUUGUGAUCAGUGCUAACCAGGAGACAUUUAUGAUG